AUGCAAUUGGAAGCUCCAUAAGUUUUUGAAUUUGGUUGUUACAAAAAGGGAUAAAAGGGUACAAAACAUUAUAAAGGGAUAAUAAAUAACAAUUUGCUAGAUCUCUACAAAGAGAACGCCAAGGCUCCGAAAUAUAUGUUACCUAUUUAAUUGUAAACUCACAUCAAAUGGGAGGUUGAGGAAGAAAGUGUUAAUGGGAAGAAGCAUUACAAAAUUGUGUCAUUCAAGUUUUAAUAAAUUAAACAAAUAAGAGACUCUUAAAUUGCUAAGGUUACUUGUUUUUACGGAGAUGAUGUCACACUUACUAAAUUAAAAGAACAUCUGAGAAAUAAAAUAAUCUUCCAAAGAAUUUAAGAUUUUUACACACCCCUCUAAACAUUAGGAAAAGGAGCUUCUUCAAGAGUAUUAUUGGUUAGACACAAAAAUUCAGAACUCUAUUAUGCUGCAAAAUGUGUUGAUAAGUCAUAUGUAAACGAAACAGAAAAUGGAAUUGAAUCGAUGUUUCAGGAGAUUUCCAUUAAUAAUGAGUUGGAUCAUCCCUCAUUCAUCAAAUUGCAUGCAGUCUAUGAAGGCGACAACACAUUCUAUAUGGUAAUGGAUUUGUUGGAGGGAAAGAGUUUGCAUGAUGAAUUAAAUAGCCAUAAAAAUGGAUUUCCUGAAGAGAUAGUGCGUAAUGUGAUGUGGUAAAUUCUGACUGGAAUUGAAUAUAUGCAUAAGAAAAACAUAAUGCAUCGUGAUCUUAAACCAGAGAAUAUUAUGUUACAAAGAAAAUCCGAUUUGAAUUCUUUAAAAAUAGUAGAUUUUGGUUUGGCAACCUAUUGCAAUAUUGACAAAUAUUUAUUUCCAAAAUGUGGUACUCCUGGCUAUGUUGCUCCAGAGAUUGCAAAUUUAAUUGAUAAAUCAGAAAAGUAUGACAAAGUAUGCGAUGUCUUCAGUGCUGGAGUUAUUUUCUUUAAAUUAUUGACUGGCAAAGAUCUCUUUCCAGGAGUAGGAUUUAAUUUAGUAUUAAAAUUAAAUAAAUAAUGCAAAAUUGAUUUAACUCCAUUGUUAAUGAAGAAAAUAGAUCCUACUAUCAUUAAUUUAGUUCAAAGAAUGCUUGAGAAAGAUCCUACAAAAAGAAUAUCAGCCAAUGCAUGUUUGUAGGAACCAUUUUUUGAAAAAAGUCAAAAUUAAGAAACCAAACUUCAACAAACAUCUUCUCAAAAAAAAUAAUUUUUUUCUUCCGGAGGAAAGAAUUUCUAAACUUAAGAAUUUUAAAGUGAUUCGCCUUCCUUACAAAAUAACAAGUAAAUUGAAAAAGGAUCUUUUGUCACUUAAGAUAGUGCAUUCAAAGGAUUCAAAGAACCUCAACAUGGUAAAGUAAUGUAAAAAUUUAAUACUACUGAAUUUGAACAUGUGGAUCUCAGUGGAAGUCCUAAUGAAAAAAAAAAUAGUAAAUUUGGAAACACAGAUAAAAUUGAUGAGGAAGAUGAAAAAUGA